CGCCGUAACCCCGCGUUCGCCUACACUUCCUCGCCUCUUUCGCCAUGGCUUCUGUCGCUGCUAACCGCCCCGUCGUGUCCGUCCUCUCCGUGGAGGGCGAGUCGGCCACCGUCUCGUCGCAGGUGGUGCUGCCGGCCGUGUUCACGGCCCCGAUCCGCCCGGACGUGGUGAACUUCGUGCACACGAACAUGGCCAAGAACCGCCGCCAGGCGUACGGCGUCUCGCGCGAGGCCGGCCACCAGCACUCUGCCGAGUCGUGGGGCACGGGCCGCGCCGUGUCGCGUAUCCCGCGUAUCCAGGGCGGCGGCAACCAGAGCUCCGGCCAGGCCGCGUUCGGCAACAUGUGCCGUGGCGGUCGCAUGUUCGCGCCCACGCGCAUCUGGCGCAAGUGGCACCGCAAGAUCAACGUGAACCAGCGCCGCUUCGCCGUGGCGUCGGCCCUAGCCGCCUCGGCCGUGCCGGCCCUGGUGAUGGCCCGCGGCCACCGCAUCGAGAAGGUGCCGGAGGUGCCCCUCGUGCUGGACGACGCCGUGGAGGCGACCCAGAAGACGGCCCAGGCCCUGAAGGUGCUGGCCAAGAUCGGCGCUGACGUCGAGAUCGAGAAGGUGAAGGCCUCGAAGAAGCUGACCACCGGCCGCGGCAAGUCGCGCAACCGCCGCUACACCACCCGCCGUGGCCCCCUGAUCGUGUACGCCAACGCGAACGGCGCCGAGAAGGCCUUCCGCAACAUCCCGGGCGUGGAGCUCGCGAACGUGGAGCGCCUGAACCUGCUGCAGCUGGCCCCCGGUGGCCACCUGGGCCGCUUCAUCAUCUGGACCAAGUCUGCGUUCCAGAAGCUGGACUCGCUGUACGGCACGUACUCGAAGAAGUCGGCCUCGAAGUCGGGCUACCAGCUCCCGCGCCACCAGAUGAACAACGCCAACCUGGGCCGUCUGAUUAACUCCGACGAGAUCCAGUCGGUUGUGCGCGCCGGCAAGUACGAGAAGCACCGCCGCUUCCAGAAGAAGAACCCGCUCAAGAACCUGGGCGCCAUGGUCAAGCUCAACCCGUACACGCUGGUGGCCCGCCGCGCCGAGCUGCGCGCCGAGGCUCUGCGUGCCGAGAAGAAGGCGGCUGUGGUCGGCAAGAACCGCAAGAACACGUGCAAGACGGACCCCAAGCGCAAGGCCCAGUCGCGCGCUCUGUUCGCCAAGAACUCGUCGGACUAAGCGUACUGCUGCUGACGUUUGUGGAAGCACUUGCGCUCGCGUGCAGGGUGCUGUCUUCGCUUGGAGGAAGCUGCUUAGUCGCUGUGCACUACGUGUAGUGUGCUAGGUUGGGGAGCCCGAGUGAAGGCCGCAAAAUCAAUGAAAGAACGCCAUGAAAGAGGCAAAUCGGAUUCAGUGCUGUCUUUAUGUUUUCAUUUUUUGUGGUAGUGUACGUACAGUGAGAGUCCUACUCGGAAGCAGCGUUGCCACGAAGUGUGAUUGCAUGCAAGUGUGUUCGCAUCCACAUCCACUAAAGCUAUGACGUGCACAGAGUUGCUUCGCUUUUACUGUGGUAUUUCUUGCUGAUGCAGUAGGGAGAGGUUCUCGUUGACAUGCAUUUUUUGUUACAGCUGCACGUACAAUACGAGUUCAGAGUUGCUCUGCUUUCGAUGGCAAAAUCGAUAGACGUUUGGUAUCAGCUUGCUUUUGUGUAUAACAUGGCAAAGUAGCAAACCACACGCACAAGUACGAGUGAGCACUUCCUAUAGAGCGGCCCUCGUGCCAUGAAGUGAUUGAAUGAACGUAAUUCGUAUGAAAACCUGCAUAGAAAAAAUAAGCAUUCUUCGACUAUUAGCAUCAAUGUCUCUUCCUCUACAGUUCGACAAUUCGCUGACAGAGCACGAUAGUUGCAAUGGCCACGCCGCCAGCAGGAUUCAGGCUUGCAUACGUGCUGGUUCAUGCUGGCGCGACGUCCACUGUGGUUACCAAGUCCAACGCAACCGUGGACGCACUCCGGGCAUUAAUCAAGGAAAGUCCAAUGGCUCCUGGUUGACGGUGACAGUGGAAGGUGUCGGGCGUGUCGACCGGUAGCGUCUGUCGAGUAGCUUUUGGUAACGGAAAAUGAGAUGAAUUGUACGGAGUUUGUACGUGACUUCGGAUUCCCGGACGUGAACAUUCCGCCACAAUCUUGGAAAUUCCACGUGCUGGUGUUGAUUCCUGGUCGUCCGUAAGCCGCAGUGGAUUCCAGAGGAGGAAUCAAUAAAACAACUAGGCUUCAGAUUCGGGAAUAGCUCGCUCCUGGAUAUGACUUGGGAAGUGGCCAUCAAACAGCUACACGAUCUUCAUCUCGUAAAGUACAAUGCUUUACUGGACCCUACUCGAUCAUUUGACUGGCAGAUACCACUGGUAGAUAACGAGUAUGACCUAAGCAGAACGGGGCUUGGAUUCCAGUAUAUCAACCGAUGCAGAGAAAUAAAUGAAGCGGGUGAAUUCGCCACCUCACGAGGAGCUGUGUUCAUGUCGUACAGUUCGUGUUGCGGUGUACACAAACAUUUUGUCGGCGAAAAGUCACUUUCGACUGUAAUGAACAAGGCUAUAAGCGAGGCCGUUCACCGGAAGAUUGUGCCUGCCGUCAAUUCCCGUCACAAAGUCAGCAAUGAGUUUCGGAAACCGUUUGGUAGACGUUGUGGGACCACUUCUUCUCGUCAUUGAUGGAGUUGAAUUUCCGAACCCUCCUGAGGACGUGCAUUCAGUGGAACUGUUUACGAAAUUCUGUAUACAAGUUUUGAAGCCGUGGCUGCACGUUCCGAAGUUGUAUGUCGUGUUUCAUGCAACGUUAACGUUUAUUUACACGCUCUGCCAAAGCAGUCCGUGCGAUGCCUGCAUCGCGACGCGAAGAAUUUCUUCCCAAUGCGAGCGUCCUGGCGUAGGGCUUUUGCGGGGAGAGAGGUAGAUGUAUGCCUUACACGUGCCGUGUUCUUCUUCAAACCCAAAAAUUGCACCCGACGGGUUGGGUUCAUCAUUGUGUAUGCGUAAGGAGGGGCGGGCAGCACAAACACAGCGUUCUUGUUCUAAGCAAGUGGAACCAUGUUGUGGUACGAACUUUCCUGUUAUACUACUGUAGAACGUGUACUAAACCAGGCUAACACCUACCGUUGUCCUUGAAUUUACCUUCGAGUGCAGAGCAGUUCGGAACACGUAGUUAUCGAUAAGGAAAGAAGCACCAGUGAGCAAUAACAAAAAAAUGAAUGUCAACGAGAACCUCUCCCUACUGCAUCAGCAAGAAAUACCACAGUAAAAGCGAAGCAACUCUGUGCACGUCAUAGCUUUAGUGGAUGUGGAUGCGAACACACUUGCAUGCAAUCACACUUCGUGGCAACGCUGCUUCCGAGUAGGACUCUCACUGUACGUACACUACCACAAAAAAUGAAAACAUAAAGACAGCACUGAAUCCGAUUUGCCUCUUUCAUGGCGUUCUUUCAUUGAUUUUGCGGCCUUCACUCGGGCUCCCCAACCUAGCACACUACACGUAGUGCACAGCGACUAAGCAGCUUCCUCCAAGCGAAGACAGCACCCUGCACGAGAGCGCAAGUGCUUCCACAAACGUCAGCAGCAGUACGCUUAGUCCGACGAGUUCUUGGCGAACAGAGCGCGCGACUGGGCCUUGCGCUUGGGGUCCGUCUUGCACGUGUUCUUGCGGUUCUUGCCGACCACAGCCGCCUUCUUCUCGGCACGCAGAGCCUCGGCGCGCAGCUCGGCGCGGCGGGCCACCAGCGUGUACGGGUUGAGCUUGACCAUGGCGCCCAGGUUCUUGAGCGGGUUCUUCUUCUGGAAGCGGCGGUGCUUCUCGUACUUGCCGGCGCGCACAACCGACUGGAUCUCGUCGGAGUUAAUCAGACGGCCCAGGUUGGCGUUGUUCAUCUGGUGGCGCGGGAGCUGGUAGCCCGACUUCGAGGCCGACUUCUUCGAGUACGUGCCGUACAGCGAGUCCAGCUUCUGGAACGCAGACUUGGUCCAGAUGAUGAAGCGGCCCAGGUGGCCACCGGGGGCCAGCUGCAGCAGGUUCAGGCGCUCCACGUUCGCGAGCUCCACGCCCGGGAUGUUGCGGAAGGCCUUCUCGGCGCCGUUCGCGUUGGCGUACACGAUCAGGGGGCCACGGCGGGUGGUGUAGCGGCGGUUGCGCGACUUGCCGCGGCCGGUGGUCAGCUUCUUCGAGGCCUUCACCUUCUCGAUCUCGACGUCAGCGCCGAUCUUGGCCAGCACCUUCAGGGCCUGGGCCGUCUUCUGGGUCGCCUCCACGGCGUCGUCCAGCACGAGGGGCACCUCCGGCACCUUCUCGAUGCGGUGGCCGCGGGCCAUCACCAGGGCCGGCACGGCCGAGGCGGCUAGGGCCGACGCCACGGCGAAGCGGCGCUGGUUCACGUUGAUCUUGCGGUGCCACUUGCGCCAGAUGCGCGUGGGCGCGAACAUGCGACCGCCACGGCACAUGUUGCCGAACGCGGCCUGGCCGGAGCUCUGGUUGCCGCCGCCCUGGAUACGCGGGAUACGCGACACGGCGCGGCCCGUGCCCCACGACUCGGCAGAGUGCUGGUGGCCGGCCUCGCGCGAGACGCCGUACGCCUGGCGGCGGUUCUUGGCCAUGUUCGUGUGCACGAAGUUCACCACGUCCGGGCGGAUCGGGGCCGUGAACACGGCCGGCAGCACCACCUGCGACGAGACGGUGGCCGACUCGCCCUCCACGGAGAGGACGGACACGACGGGGCGGUUAGCAGCGACAGAAGCCAUGGCGAAAGAGGCGAGGAAGUGUAGGCGAACGCGGGGUUACGGCG